CGUACUCGACAGGGCCUUCGGGCAACCUAUAUAAGCGUCCGAGUCGGCACUUGGCUGGCUCCGUCUAGUAUCGGUCGCUUCAUGAUGUUGGUGGUGUGGUUGUGUCUGGUUUACGGGGUGGUGGCUUUGCCGCAGGAGAACCCAGCACAAGUCGCAGGUCAAACCCACGCGGACUCCGUUGGCCUCGAAGAGGAAGCUCGGGCUUUCCUGAAGGAGUUGGACGAGCAGGGAUCCAAAGAGUGCACAAAAGUCAGCUUUGCCAGCUGGAACUAUGGGUCCGACAUCACCGAAAAGCACAGGAAGGAUAAGGCGGAGGCACAGCUGGUGUACGCAGACUGGGAGAAGAAGUCCUGGAUGCAAGUCCAGAAGUGGAAAGGGAAGUGGGAACAUUUGAGUGACCCUCUUCUAAAGAGACAAUUCAAAUUCCUUUCAAUCCUGGGGACUGCUGCUCUGCCUAAGAAAGACCUCGAAAAAUACAAUCAUCUGGUGACCGAAAUGCAGACGAUCUACAGCACGGCGAAGAUAUGUGACUACAAGAACGACAAAAAAUGCGACCUCACGCUGGAGCCAGACAUGACGAGAAUCCUGCGUUCCAGCCGCAACUACUUCGAGCUGCAGCACAUCUGGACCCACUGGAGGCUCAAUUCUGGAAGGAAACUGAAACAUCACUACGUGAACUUCGUGAGGCUGGCAAACGAGGCUGCUAAACUCAAUGGAUUUGACAACAUGGGCGACAUGUGGAUACAUCCUUACGAAUCGGAUACCUUCCGGCAAGACCUGGCUCGUCUGUGGGACCAACUAAAGCCUUUGUAUGAACAACUUCAUGCCUACGUCAGGAGGAAGCUGAGAGAGAAAUAUGGCGACAAGCACAUUAGCAAGCGAGGUCCCAUUCCUGCACAUCUGUUUGGUAACAUGUGGGCACAAAGUUGGUCAGAAAUCUAUGACUUGGCUAUACCCUUCUUGGGCAAAACCUCCGUGGACGUCACUCCUAACAUGGUGGAACAGGGAUACUCUCCCCGCCGGAUGUUCGAACUUUCCGAGGACUUCUUCGUCUCUCUGAACCUGACCAGGAUGCCCCCAGAGUUCUGGGAGCAUUCGAUAAUCGAAAAACCCAACGGGAGGGAGCUCGUAUGCCACGCUUCCGCCUGGGACUUCUGCAACGGCAAAGACUUCAGGAUUAAGCAAUGUACCGACGUGACCAUGAAUGACCUCAUCACCGUCCACCACGAGAUGGGUCAUGUGGAAUACUUCCUCCAGUAUAAGCAUCUUCCAAUGGUCUUCCGAACAGGGGCUAACCCAGGUUUCCACGAGGCCGUCGGUGAUGUACUGGCCUUGAGCGUUGCAACACCAAAACAUCUCCAGAAGAUCGGCCUCCUGGAGAAGGUCGAGGACGACCCAGAGAGCGAAAUCAACUUCCUCCUCAACAUGGCGCUCGAUAAGAUUACCUUCCUGCCCUUCGGAUACUUGAUGGACCUCUGGCGAUGGGAUGUCUUCAGCGGCAAGACGCCAGAGGAGAACUGGAACUGCGCUUGGUGGGACCUGAGGUACAAACUGCAAGGACUUAAGCCUCCAGUUAUUCGUUCGGAAUAUGAUUUCGAUCCCGGUGCUAAAUACCACAUCCCAGCUAAUGUGCCCUAUAUCAGAUACUUCGUCAGCUUUGUAGUUCAGUUCCAGUUCCACAAGGCCCUGUGCAUGAAGGCAGGUGAAUAUGACCCUCUGGACCCCAGCAAACCACUGCACAAGUGUGACAUUUACCAGUCGACAGAGGCUGGUAAUGCUUUAGGUGACAUGCUUCAGCUCGGUGCUUCCAAACCCUGGCCAGAGGCCAUGGCUGCUUUGACCGGAAGUCGUGAAAUGGACGCUUCUGCCAUCAGGGAAUACUUCAAGCCUUUGGAAAUGUGGCUGAAGGAAGAUAAUGAAAAACACGGCGAAAUCCCCGGGUGGGAUACAGACGAGAUCAUGUGCACCCCAGACGCGCCAUCAGAAGAAGCCAAGGGCGAACCUUCUUCGGCAGGAUCUACAGUUUCCGCCGCUCUUCUACUGCUGGUGGUCAACCUUCUCCAUUACCUCAGGCGCUAACCUCAUGUAGAAGUAACUAAAAUUCUUCUUACUCAAAGAUAAAUUUUUAUACACUUUGUACAUAUAAAAUUUAACUCUUUUGUAGAAGUAUUUUGAAGUUUUCAUAUACAAACGCUCCUUGCGUUUGGUGUAAGAGGGCUCGGUUCUCUUCUUGUCUUGUAAUUUCUUUAUUGAAAAGGUUUGAAUUUUAUUCCUUCUUUGUCUAUGACAAUAUUUUACCUACUUUCUCAUUUUUUACCUCUGUGAAUUGUUAUGUUUUCUUCUGUUUUUUUCUUCAUUAUUUUAGUUAAGUCAGUAUGCUAUUACAUAAAAAAUAAUCAUUUUUUAAUUUAUGAGUGUUAAAGAAUAAAUUAUUACAUAACUGAUUGAAAUAGGAAAAUUGCUCGUGGUAUGUAUAGAUUUUUUAUAAAUAUGUACAUGAAGACAAAUCAAAUAUAUUUUAUUCUAUUACGUGUAA